AUGAAUCGGCCGAAAGGCAGCUCGAAAGAAAAGACGGAAAAGGGAAUCCGAGACGGAAAGACGAUCGAACCUGCUCGAAACGCUGAACGAAACGAGACCGAAACGGCCCAGCGCCUCUUAGAAGAGGGGAACGUAGGAACCCGCUUGGCAUUUCCGUCGAGGACGGAGGGCAAAGGCGGGUUCCGAAAUCUCCCCGCAGAUGUCUCUGUUCCCUCUGGAGCAGGGUUGUCCGAAGUGGGUCCGAAGUUUCGCAUCCAUGUAAACAAAAUUCCAAGCAAAUCUGCAACGGAAGCUUCGUCGAUCGUGCAGCUGACGCUGGACGGCCAGUCGGAUGGUUGCCAGCUCGUCAAGUCGACCGAACUUGUCUUCAAGGCCAUCGUCUCGGUCGACUCCGAUUUGAAGCUGAAGGUGUCGUGUAUCGAGCCCGGGGACGACUUUGGGCCUCUGCAUUUUCAUGACGUCAAGGUGCCAGGAUGCCCGACCAGCAACAUCGUAGAGAAACCCAAUCCCAAGGCGCCGUAUGUGACGGACUCGUUCGAGGUGGAGCUGUGUUCUUCCCCGGGGACGGCCACGAUCGAGUUCAAGGCCGAUCUGGUUCAUACCAUUUUUGUCGGGAAGCAGAGAGUGAAGCUGGGUACAGACAUGGGGACAACCAACGAAUGGAAGGAAAUCUGCUUCGACGUGGACUUACCGCUGAUGAAUACGAUGAACCUCUCAUCGACAAACGCAUCUUUGCGUUGCCUCUCCACUGUGGAUGGCUCGUGCAACAGCCCCGAGCUGGGAACCUUCUGGGACUUCGAGUACAGCCUCAAUCUGCCGUCAGGGAAGCUAACGAAUGUCUCCUUGAAGACCCAGACGAAGGAUAACGAACCGACCCUGAUCUUCUACGGUGUCCGGGUGAGUGAAUUCGUGCGAUCCGGCAAGUCGCUCGUGAUGGAUGCUCAAGGCCAAAUAUCGGAGGAACGACGAUGCUCGAAAGGCAGCAGCGAACUGAAACUGGAGAGCCUGACCGUGUACGUGCCCCCCGGGAAGGACACGGAGACGCUACGGUUCAUCAUCACCGUGAGCCCCGUGCUCUCCAUGUCAAAUGAGACGGACCUGGCCAUCAUGUUCUCCUUCAAGGGAGACGGGACCCAGCCGAACGAAUUCGUCUUCUCUGCAUCCGCCCGAGCGACGGCUGUCGUCGACGAGAAUUCGAAGGCGGGCGGGUUGCAAAGUCAGAAUCACCUGAAUUACAUGAAAGUGACGCAUGGGGGCCAGAUGGACAUCUCCGCAAUCUUGCAUGUCUCUUCUCCCAUUCGGAUCAAAAUGUCCCUCUCCGCCAUGAAUGUCAACGAACUCGUCUCGGAGGAAUUGUCCAUUUCAGACGCCUCGAUAAGGUCCAGGAAUUUUCAUCCUUUGGUCUUCGGAAAACCAAAAUAUUCGAGGAACCACAACAACGAAGCCGUGCUUUCGGCUGUGACCGUCGAAAUGACGGAAAUGCCGCAGGAAUGCGGCAGCGAGCUCUUUGCGAAUUCGGAAAUCUCGAUCAUCGUGAACAAAUCCGUCGCGGACUCGUUCGCAGUUGUCUUCAUGGAUCAGUUGACGAAGAAAGUCGCCUUGGAGGAAUGCGUCAAUUUGACGGCGAAAGCCGCGAACUGCUAUGACUCUGACAACUCGAAAGCGAUCUGCCGGUUCAUCGUGCCGGGGGAGAAAAGAUCGAUCCCCUUCGCUAUGAGGGUCAUCCUGGCCGUCCCGUGCAACAAGACAAAGGUAGUUCGCGUGCUUCGGGGCGUCGCGGACGCGGUGUCGCCGUUCUCUCACUCGGUUGGGUUCUUGUCUGUUGGGUUCUUCCAGGAAAUGGUGGCGGUGGAAGAAGGGAUUUUCCCCGUGUCCCCGAGGGACAACGUCGUCAUCGACUUCUCGGUGAAGCCCGCUCGCCUCGUUGACGAGAUUCAAUUGAGGAAUUCCCGAACGGUGGAAGGAAAGUGGCACACCCUCCUCCUCCCGAACGCGAGAAUCAACAAUGCCUACAGAUUCGAACUGAGCGUCGUGGAAGUCGGGACGAACUACGAGAGGACAUUCACUGAGAUCAUCGAGUUUCAGUCGUCGGAGAUGCUCAACCUCACCCAGUGUGGCGUCGUAAACAAGGGAACGGGGUAUUAUUUCGAAUCCAUUUCCCCUUUCAUCCCGAAGAAUGUUUUCUUCUCUCUCACGGAAGACGGCGGCCCGAUUGCGAGUAACAUCUUGUUCGAGUCAGAUUCACUCAAGGUCCCUUCUACCUCUUCUACUUACACCUGCAAUCGUGAAACGGGAGAUGGCAAAGAUCUCAAGUUGCUUGGAAUCUUCAAUUGCGACGGCGCGCCGAGCCCUCUCGACAAUUCUCCCAACGAAAACUUCACAAUAAACACCCGGAUCGACGACAAACGAAAUGCAGCCUCCGGGAAGUCUCUCGAAAUCAGCGUGGCCGGAUACAUGAAAGGCUACGAGGUGCCUUGGCCGCUCGGCACCUUCGCGAUCAGGCCCCAACAGGCAGACGAUGCAAACCCUCAAAGUUGCUCCCGCAUCGAGAGUAUGGAGGUGGGAAACGGCACCUCUCUCGGAGGAUUCGUUCCCAUCGUUGUGAAAUUUCUGGCCACGCCGGGGAAUCUGAAACUGAAUCUCACGGUCUCGACCCCGAAGGGUGCGAAGGCAGUUCACGCCGCCAUUCACAGCCUGGGGAGCAGUUACAUCCCGCUGCCGUCGAUGCAGCUGACGAGGCGAAUGGCUCCAGAGCAGGCGGUGGACCUCACGUGGAAGACGGUGUUCGAGCUGCAAGACCUUUACAUGAUGCAGGUGGACCCGAAAGAGGAGGAGAACUAUUUCUAUCUGGAUGUCUACCUCGCGGUUGAACCGGACGUGACCGAGUCCUUUCUGGCCGAAUUCUUGUGCGAUUGCGAUCGUCAAAGUACUUCCUCGAUCGAGGUGCUCAAGCUCCCAGAGCCAGAACCCGACGGGGAAGUUGCAGGUUUUCUGCGAAUCAGCCGGGGUAGUCCUCGAGUAAACACAUGGUAUAGUGGCACAGAGAUGUCCUGGGACGCAAUUAUCAUUCUACCAGGAAACUACCCCAGGAAAUCCGAAGAAGUCAAGAUCGAUGCCAUUAUCAAAGUCCCGAAGGAUCUUCUGAACUCCAUCCGAAUUUGCCGCAUGGAGAUUUCCUUCAUAGGAGAAAUGUGCCUUCUGGACGAUGCCAACCUCAAAAGCACCAUCGCAAAGAAUAACUCGUAA